ACUCUUUUCCUUUGUCUUAAAAAUCCCACCCACUUAUCUCAGACCUCCUAAUCUCAACCGCCCAAUUUACAGACAAUACACAUUUUCCAAGGAAAACAGAAUUUAUCGUUUUUCUCAUAUUAAGCUAAAAACAAUUUCAUAUUUUCAAUUUCAGACGUUUUAUUUCCAUCCAACCAAAAUAACCUGUUUUAUUCUACUUCAACUAGACCAGAGUUGUGAAGUUCUUGCUAAGUUUUUGAAGCUGAAAAUUCUUAAAAAAUGGGAGAAGCAGCAAAUUCUUUUGAUGGGUUUUCUCCAGUUUCUUCAACUCGUGUCUUUUGGCAAUCUCGCAAGAGGCGUGCAAGCGGAUUGAACAUGACGAAGCAAAGAGAUGAGCCAAUGUUUGAAACGCCAACAAAAGAGGAAACUCCAGAAGAAGAAAAAACAUUGGACUCGACUCCUCCAGCUGCUGUACUUUCAGAAAGAAGAAAGGCACUGUUUGAACCGCUGGAACCUAUGGAUAUUCAUUCAAAAAAACGGCCCUCAAACGAGAGUUUACUUCCUCCUCCGGACUUCGACACAACAGCUUAUCCAAAAGGCUGGUUGAUAGGUAAGAAGCGGAAGCUGGUGAAUGUUGAUGUUGUUGAGAGCAUGAGGAGGAUAGCCAUCCAGGAAAUGAAUCGCAAGGAUCGUGAAAUUGAUGGAUUAAGUGAGCAACUGGACGAGGAUUCUCGUGUUCUAGAACAUCUACAAAUCCAGCUUCUAGAAGAGAAAAGAAAGCGUUCAGAUGUUGAAAGAGAAAAUACUAUGCUGCAAGAUCAAAUUAACAUGUUGAUGAACAUGCUACAGGAAAAUGAGGCUGCUGAGGAGGAGGAGGAGGAGGAGGAUGAUGCAGAUGUGCAGUAGGUCCUUAGUUUUUAUUCUUUUGUAUAGUUGUUUUCUAGAAUUAAAACGUAAAGUAGAUGGCAAGUGGUGUUGAGCAAGUUUUAGUUGCUGCCUUGAAUCUACUAGCAUAUGUUUGUUGUUAUCCAAUUAGGAUAAACACCUGUACUCUUUCAGAUUACAGUGUAUUUUUCACAGCAUACUUAGUCAUCUCGUCUAGAAAUCAAGAUGCUUAAUCUUGUGAAUGUAUGUCUUUAGGUUUAAAAGACAGAAGCUUUGGUCUGGUUUGGUAUGCUAUUAUGAAUAAACUGUUAAUGUAAACAACAGUUGAGACAUUAAUGUAUUUCUGCAUUAUGGACUGUA